UCCCCUGUUGGACACCUACGACCGCAACCAUGGCCACCAAGUCACGCAGCGACGCCGAGAGCGAGGUCAGGUCCUGGGGAUUCAAUCAUGUCUUCACCUGGACCGAUGGCCCGAACGCCUACUACCCGCCACACACCCACGGCGGCCUUACCACCCACCUCAUCCUCCGUGGACAAUUGACCAUUACGUACCCGAAAGAUGCCGAGCCGAAGAAAGAGACAUUCGGCCCGGCCGGGAGGAUCGACGUAGACGCAGACCGCCUCCAUGAAGUCUGGAUGGGCCCUGAAGGUUGCACCUAUGUUAUCGGCGAGUGACCUAGCGUUCUCUGCGCUACCCGCAUGAGAGCAGGACCAACGGACAUGAUAAGGAUGACACGCGUCCUCGGCUUCCUCCAUGCAGCUGUUGAGCGAGGCGAUGCAGACAAUAUUCUCGGUAUCCGGCGCCGAUUUGCUACUAUGCCAUUCGUUACUGCGAGACUGCUCGGCUAAAUACUGCCUCCAUCACUCUAAGAACUAGUCCAAGCAACCCUGUCCCCGCU